AUGUUCAAAUCUUUCCAGCUUCAUCACCGUCACAUCCCUUUUCGCAUCCUGCUAUCCAAAAUCAUUUCCUUUCUGGGGGCGCAAAAAUGGGUAUGUGGAAAUUGGGGUUUAUUUGUGCCUAUUUUCUCUUUACAAUUGGCGCUGUGGAGCUGGGCAGGAACCAACCAACUGAAAGAAUUUCAGGUUUUUUAUUUUGCUGAUUUUGGUAGUGCUGGUGAUGUAUUGGAAGAUGAUCCAGUGGGAAGGUUGAAGGUUUUUGUAUAUGAACUUCCAAGUAAAUAUAAUAAGAAAAUUCUGCAAAAAGAUCCGAGAUGCCUCAACCAUAUGUUUGCUGCUGAAAUCUUUAUGCACCGGUUUCUCUUAUCUAGCCCUGUCCGAACCCUUAAUCCUGAAGAAGCUGACUGGUUUUAUACUCCGGUAUACACCACUUGUGACUUGACACCAAAUGGCCUCCCUUUACCCUUUAAGUCACCACGAAUGAUGAGAAGUGCCAUACAGCUUAUUUCAUCAAACUGGCCGUAUUGGAACAGGACAGAGGGGGCAGAUCACUUCUUUGUGGUUCCUCAUGACUUUGGGGCAUGUUUUCAUUACCAGGAAGAGAAGGCAAUUGAAAGGGGGAUUCUUCAACUGCUACGGCGUGCUACAUUGGUUCAAACAUUUGGACAGAGAAAUCAUGUAUGCUUGAAAGAGGGCUCAAUUACCAUUCCUCCAUACGCUCCACCACAGAAAAUGCAUACCCACCUAAUCCCUGAUAAGACUCCCAGGUCCAUUUUUGUAUCCUUCCGAGGACUUUUCUAUGAUGUUGGCAAUGACCCUGAAGGUGGUUACUAUGCAAGAGGUGCAAGAGCAGCAGUGUGGGAGAACUUUAAGGACAAUCCUCUUUUUGACAUCUCCACUGAGCAUCCAACCACGUACUAUGAGGACAUGCAACGAGCCGUGUUUUGCCUAUGCCCACUUGGAUGGGCUCCUUGGAGCCCAAGAUUGGUAGAGGCUGUGAUAUUUGGUUGCAUACCUGUGAUUAUUGCAGAUGACAUUGUGUUGCCAUUUGCUGAUGCAAUCCCAUGGGAAGAGAUAGGAGUGUUUGUUGCUGAAGAGGAGGUUCCAAAGUUGGAUACCAUACUCACAUCUAUCUCACCAGAAGUCAUACUAAGGAAGCAAAGAUUGCUUGCUAACCCUUCCAUGAAGCAAGCAAUGCUUUUCCCACAGCCUGCUCAACCUGGAGAUGCGUUCCAUCAAGUUUUAAAUGGACUGGCGCGGAAGCUGCCACAUGACAACACUGUGUUCUUGAAACCAGGGGAGAAGAUCUUGAAUUGGACUGCUGGACCUGUAGGUGACCUUAAACCUUGGUAA